AUGUCCGCUGCGCAGGUGUCCUCGUCUCGGAGACAGUCAUGCUACCUGUGCGACCUACCCCGCAUGCCCUGGGCCAUGAUCUGGGACUUCACUGAGCCCGUGUGCCGGGGCUGCGUGAACUACGAGGGUGCGGACCGCAUAGAAUUUGUGAUCGAGACGGCUCGGCAGCUGAAGAGGGCGCAUGGCUGCUUCCAGGACGGCCGUUCCCCAGGCCCCCCGCCUCCUGUCGGGGUCAAGGCUGUGCCGCUCUCAGCCAAAGAAGCGGCCGCGGCGGCCCAACAGCAGCUCAACCAUGUGGACGCCUCCUCCAAAGCAGCUUCUGCCGGGCUUCCCCAGUCCAGCCUGGACCGCUACGGACUCAGUACAGCUGAGCAGCGCAGCCGCUUUGAAUAUCCGCCGCCCCCGGGAAGCCUGGGCAGCAGCCACGCUGCCCGCCUGCCCAACGGGCUGGGCGGCCCCAAUGGUUUCCCUAAGCCGCCUGAGGACGGCCCCCCGGAGUUGAACCGCCAGAGCCCCAACUCAUCAUCCUCUUCCUCGUCCUCCCGCCGCGGGGCACACGGGGGCCUCGUGCCCGGCCUCCCCCCGGGGGCUGGCGGGGCCCAAAUGAACGUGCCGCCCAACCUGCUUCCACAGACUUUACUCAACGGCCCCACAGCUUCUGGCGUGGCGCUACCUCCGCCGCACGGGGGGCUGAGCGGCCGCGGCGGGGGACCCCCAGCUUCCUCCGCCUCUUCCCAAGGGGGCACAUGUGGCGGUGGGGGUGGCAGCGGCUCGUCCUCCGAGGCCUGCGGCAAGCGACCAGGUUCGGUGUCCAGCAGCGAUCAGGAGCGGGAGCUAAAGGAGAAGCAGCGCAACGCGGAGGCGCUGGCCGAGUUGAGCGAGAGUCUGCGGAACCGGGCCGAGGAGUGGGCCAGCAAGCCCAAGAUCGUGCGGGACACGCUGCUUACCCUGGCCGGCUGCACCCCCUACGAGGUCCGCUUUAAGAAGGACCAUGCACUUCUCGGCCGCGUCUUCGCCUUCGAUGCAGUCUCUAAGCCCGGCAUGGACUAUGAGCUGAAGCUCUUCAUUGAGUACCCGAGCGGCUCAGGCACUGUCUUCUCCAGCGCCUCGGGGGUGGCCAAGCAGAUGUACCAGGACUGCAUGAAGGACUUUGGCCGCGGCCUCUCCUCCGGCUUCAAGUACCUGGAGUACGAGAAGAAACACGGCUCCGGCGACUGGCGGCUCCUGGGCGACCUGCUGCCUGAGUCUGUGCGUUUCUUCAAGGAGCUGGUGGGCGCGGACAUGCUGCCCCAGCCCUACCUGGACGCUAGCUGCCCCAUGCUCCCCACUGCCCUGGUGAGCCUGCCCCGGGGGGGAGCCGGAGUUGGCGGGGCGCAGGGGGCCGGGGCCGCUUCCAGGGGCCCCGGGGGAGGCGGUGGCGGCGGGGGAAUGCGCAAAAGGAAGGCGUCCCCGGAGCCCUCUGACUCGGCCGAGGGGGCCCUGAAGCUGAGUGACGAGCAGCAGCGGCAGCAGUGGAUGGCCAGCCAGAGCGAAGCACUUAAACUCACCAUGUCGGCUGGGGGCUUCGGGGCGGUGCACGGAGGGGGGCCCCCACCCCCGCCGCCUCUGGGGCCUCACUCCAACCGGACCACCCCGCCCGAGUCGGCCCCUCAAAACGGACAGUCCCCCAUGGCCGCGCUCAUGUCGGUGGCCGACACACUGGGCAAUGCCCACUCGCCCAAGGAUGGCAGCUCGGUUCACUCCACCACUUCCACCCGCAGGAAUAGCAGCAGCCCGGUGUCCCCGGCCUCGGUGCCGGGCCAGCGUCGCUUGGCUUCCCGCAACGGGGACAUGAACCUGCAGGUGGCCCCGCCUCCCCCCAAUGCCCACCCUGGUAUGGACCAAGUGCACCCCCAAAACAUUCCAGAUUCCCCCAUGGCCAAUAGCGGGCCCCUGUGCUGCACCAUUUGCCACGAACGCUUGGAGGACACCCACUUUGUUCAGUGCCCAUCUGUGCCCAGCCACAAGUUCUGCUUCCCUUGUUCCAGAGAGAGCAUCAAGGCCCAAGGGGCAACUGGCGAGGUCUAUUGCCCAAGUGGAGAGAAAUGCCCCCUAGUAGGUUCCAAUGUGCCUUGGGCAUUUAUGCAGGGCGAGAUCGCUACCAUUUUAGCUGGGGACGUUAAAGUGAAAAAGGAGAGAGACCCUUAAAGAUAGGAAAUCAAACUCCUUCAGCUUCCUGAAGAUGUAGAAUUGUGAAUAUAACAAACUGCAAAAGUUAGUCUUAUGUAUAGACAUUAUUUUCGUCGUAUGUUUCUAUAUUUUGAAACAAAGGUAUGUACUCUUCUUCAUUUGAAGGAUAGAGCUGGUUUUUGUUAAACAGAAUAUACUAUUGUUUGGUUACUACAUAAUACCUGUUCUCAUUUCUUUGGCAGUGUGUUGGCUAGGUACAAAGUUAAUAGCCCUUAGCAAUUACCUGCUGCUGGUGUGUAUUUUUGUAAAUGUAUGCACUUCCUGAAAAAAGAAAAAACACAAAAAAUACAAAAAAAAAAUUUUUUUUGCCAAGGCCAGUGUUGAUGCCUAAAAAAAAUUGCUACAAAAAUGGUGACAGCUUAUGUUUUACGAGCCCCGAGUGUUAGUCUUUCACUUUAUUUUUUUUUGUUUGUUUUUUGUUUGCAAACGGUGG